UGGGAGAGUUCCCGGCAUGGGGCCUCCAUUGUCCGUUAGGACAUGCUGCUCUGUCUCCCAUGCAUGGAAGUUCCGGGAGGCCCCAAAGAGUGUGCUCCAAGGUCCCAAGUACCCUAAGUCAGUGGGACCUCAAUGAAUAUGCAUGACUGGAGGAGCCUUAAUGCAUAGUUAUGCUCGAUCUAAUCAGUGAAUAUGCAUGAUUGCACCCAGCCCCCCUUCUUUCCUGAAGUUAGUUUCCCAGGUGUAGGGCCUGUGUAGCCACUACUUGCCUGGCUUUUUGCAAAGACAAAGAGUACCUUAAUUGCUUGGGCUGUUUUCAGAAGCCAGAUACAAAAGCCAAAUCUAGUUCUUUGUCCCAUAGCUGGGCUGAAUUGACUUGGAACCUUGUUCCAACAGAACCCAUUUAUUCACAGUGAAGAUAUUUGCUCAGAGCUUCUUUUUCAUGAGCUGAACCCUCAUUCAGUCAGCAGCAUGUUGCAUAGUUGAUCACUCCUUUGUUUUGAAAAACAUUUUUCUUACUUUCUAGCACAUCACAGUAUUCUUUAAAUUUCUGCUUGUCUGUGUAUUUCUUUCAUUUUUCACUUUUCUUCCUGAUCGCAUCUCAGUUUUCUCUGGUUUCUCCUGGUCUCUGAAGGAGGGAACGCCCAAGGGUGCAGUCCUUGUACCUCUUCUCUGUCUACACUUAGGACCUUCCCAUGUCAUCUCAUCUCAUGGUUUUAAACACCCUGACGCCUCCCAGUUUCAUCUCCAGCCAGAUCGCUCCCUGGAACUCCAAACUCAUGUAUCCAGCCGGCUCCUCGACAUCUCUGCUGUGGCCCCUCACAGGCUUCUCCAUCUUAAACCGAGCAACAAUGACCUCCUGAGUUUCCCUAAAGGUGUCCAUGGCUCCGUGAAGGGCUGCCCUGAACCUCCUGGGGCUCCAGUGAACAUCUCGGAUUGACUUCUCAAGACUAAUCUUACCUGAGAAUGAAGCCGGGAGGAAGAAGAAAGAAAGAGGUAUCCAGAAUGGCUCUGCCCCAGGGACUGUUGACAUUCAGGGAUGUGGCUGUAGAAUUUUCUCAGGAGGAGUGGGAAUGCCUGGACCCUGCUCAGAAGACUUUGUAUAAGGAUGUGAUGUUGGAAAACUACAGGAAUCUGGUCUCCCUUGCAGGCAUCUCAGUUUCUGAGCUGAAUAUAAUCUCCGUUUUGGAACAAGGGACAGAGCCCUGGACUUUGGAGGGGAAGGAGAAAAUAGCAAAAUACCCAGAUGUCUCUCCUACAUGGGUGAAUAAGAUAUUAUCUGCAAAAGAGAACAUUAAUAAAGGAGAAUUACUCAAAACAAUGAUGAAUGGCAUUGAGGACUUUGACUUCAGGAAGGUCAGGGAAGAUGUGCCUGAAUUUGAGAGUCAGUGGGGAGAUAUUGAAAGCAAUUACAAAGGAGUAACUAUGACCCUUAACAAGAAUUUCACUUGUAGAAAAGAUCAUGAUAAAACAGAUGUGGGAAACAAGUAUAUGAAAUGUUUUGAAAAUACGAUUGGAUUAAGGUUUCAGUUACAUCUGGAUGAAAUACAGAGUUGUCAGACUGAGGAGAAAAUGUAUGAAUCUAAUCAAGAUGAGCAGUCUGUCAGUAAUGGUUCUUCAGUCUCACCACUUCAAACACUUUCUCCCAGUGUCAAAACCAACAUUUGUAAUAAAUAUGGGGAGGUUUUUAUGCGUCCUUCAUUGCUUACACAACACCAGAAAACACACAUUAGAGAAAAACCUUAUAAUUGUAAUGAAUGUGGGAAGGCUUUUAGCCAAAGGUCAACUCUUGUUAACCAUCAGAGAAUUCAUACCGGAGAUAAACCAUAUGAAUGUAAUGUAUGUGGCAAGGUCUUUACACAAAAUUCAAAUAUUGCAUUUCAUCUGAGAACUCAUACUGCAGAGAAACCUUACAAAUGUAAUGAAUGUGGUAAGGCUUUUAUACAUAAUUCAAGCCUUGUGGAUCAUCAGAGAAUUCAUACGGGAGAGAAACCUUUCAAAUGUAAUGAGUGUGGCCAGGCUUUUAUCAGACGUUCACAACUUUGGGAUCAUGAGAGACUUCAUACUGGGGAGAAACCUUACAAAUGUAAUGAAUGUGGGAAAGCUUUUAACCGUGGCCCAAACCUCACUACACAUCAGAGAAUCCAUACCGGUGAAAAACCAUAUAAAUGUCAUGUAUGUGGCAAGGUCUUUAAUCAAAAUUCACACCUUGUGAUUCAUCAGAGAAUUCAUACUGGAGAGAAACCUUACAAAUGUAAUGAAUGUGGUAAGGCUUUUAUUUAUAGAUCAAGCUUUGUCAAACAUCAGAGAAUUCAUACUGGAGAGAAACCUUACAGAUGUAAUGAAUGUGGCAAAGCCUUUACCUGUGGCCAGCACCUCACUAGACAUCAGAGGGUCCAUACUGGAGAGAAACCACACAAGUGUAGUGUGUGUGGCAAGGCUUUUAUCCAAAAAUCAAAACUUGUGAGACAUCAGAGAGUUCAUACUGGGGAGAAACCUUACAAAUGUAAUGAGUGUGGUAAGGAUUUUAUCCAUAGUUCGAGCCUUGUGCAGCAUCAGAGAAUUCAUACUGGAGAGAAACCAUACAAAUGUAAUGAAUGUGGCCAGAUGUUUUUUACACACUAUCAACUUUGGUAUCAUGAGAUAAUUCAUACUGGAGAGAAACCUUACAAAUGUAAUGAGUGUGGCAAAGCCUUUAACCUUGGCUCAACUCUCAAUACACAUCAGAGAAUCCAUACCGGAGAGAAACCAUAUAAAUGUAAUGUAUGUGGCAAGGGUUUUAUUCAGAAGUCACAACUUGCAAAUCAUCUGAGAAUUCAUACUGGAGAAAAACCUUACAAGUGUAAUGAAUGUGGGCAGACUUUUUUUACAGGCUCUCAACUUUGGUCUCAUGAGAGAAUUCAUACUGGAGAAAAACCUUUCAAAUGUAAUGCCUGUGGUAAAUCAUUUAACCGGAGCUUACAACUCACUAGACAUCAGAAUAUACACCUUGGAAAGAAACCACACAUGUAACGUGUGCCCAGGCUUUUUUUCCAGAGAUCAAAACUUGUGGAAAUAAGAGAAUUCAUACCGGAUAGAAUCCUUACUGAUGCGCAAGUGUGUCACAUCGUGUAUCUUUGAAAGAAACUACAUGAAAAUAAUGUGUGUGAUAUGGCUUUUAUCCAAAGUCCUGGCAAUGUGGAACAACAGAAUUGAUAUUGUAGAGAACUGUUACAAAUACAGUGAAUGUGGUAGGCUUUUCUUGACUAUUCACACUUGUGGGGUAAUGAGAGAAUUCAGACUAGAGAGAAGCUUUACAAAUAUUAAUGAGUUUGUCAAGGUCUUUAAACAGUGGUCUGACCUCAGGCUUCACCAAGAGUUCAUAAAGGAGAAAAACCUCACAAGUGUAAUGUGAUGAAUCAUUUAACCAAUUCUCACAAUAGAAUGUAUAUCAAUUCAUACUAGGGUGAACUAAGUUUCUAGUCCUCAAAAGAUUAAUCAACCUCAGAUGUUACAUUCUGCAGAGUAAUUAAAUUUCUAAAUCUGUUAAAAUUCAUGAAAUUGUGUGUCAAAGGAGGAAGUACAUGGUGGAAAGGUCUGGUUAUUAUUGUAAGAUAUUUCUAUUCAGUUAUUUGUGGUUUCCUAAAAAGACUACAUUAAUGACUUUCAACCUGAGGUUUGAUAUCGGUUGAUAUGCCUUCACUACUGACCUUUCAUGUGUCACCAUGAUGCUCUUUGGGAAGGGAUCAAUGAUGUGAAAGGGCCUAAUUUCAUUAGAUUAAAUUCAUAUCUAUAUUCCCUGGAAGAAGAAGGAUACUGGAUUUUAAGAUACGAUAUGGUGAAAAUUUGUAUGAGAGUAUGGGAUGGGGUGGACAAUAGAUGAAAAGUCAUUAUUUAUGUCAUCAUGAUUAAUGUGUUCAAGAACACCACUAGAGGGCUACUUUGGAUUAUGGGAAAGAAUUGCUCUACCAGCUGACAAACAGCAGACCAGGACAUUGAGAAACAGAUUUUGGUGGGAGGAGAGUGAUAGGUUACUAAGAACUGCUUAUGUGGUAGAAAUGUUAGGUGCCAUCGAGUUGAUUCUGACUCAGCAACCCUAUGUACAACAUUUCAAGGUUGAAAUGGCAUGUACAACAAUUAUUUUCUAUGAUGAAAUCAUACAAUAUACAAUUCUGGGAAUAUACACAAUUUGCACUUGAGCUAUUCUGCAUUUUGCCUCUGGAUAUUUAUGUGAAUAUAAUGCAAAUUUCAUAGCAAGGCAAUUUGUUACUCUGACUUCCUAAAAUCUCCUUUACUAUUCAUGGAUAUUUGCUGUAUGUGUAGAAAUAAUGGAGAGGAAAUGAAUUUUGAAUUCUUUUGAAUUUUAGUAGUUGUUGAAUAGCAAAGGUUAAUGAAAAAAUGUUUUUCUUGGAAACUGAAGAGAGAACAGUUACAGAGAGGAAAGUUUAAUCAAAAGAACCAGAACACUGCAUGUGCAGGAUUCACGUUUAACCAGUGGCAUUGCAUUUUGGUACUGUUUUAUUCAGAACAUAUAGGUCUCACGUUUAAUAAAAUGUAAUCAUUUUUUAUAACACUGAAUGGAUUAUGUUUCUUUUACCAACAUAGUCAUAUCUUACCUCAGUAGGGUAUAUUGGAACAGACACUAACAAUGCACAGUGCACCAUUAGACUCUCAAGGUUGAAAUGGCAUAUAUAAUAAUUACUUCCUUGGUGAAAUCAUACAAUAUACAAUUCUGGGAAUAUAUUUUCAAAAUUUGCACUUGAGUUAUUCUCUCCACACUUUGCCUCUGGAUAUUUAUGUGGAUAUAAUGCAAAUUCCAUAGCAGGGCAAUUCUUCCUAAAACGUCCCUCAUUAUUCAUGGAUAUUUAUCAUAUGAUUAUAUUUCUACAUGCUGUUUAUUGUGUCUAAAUAAAACCCAUGGCUUGCAUUGGCUUUGAUUUACAUGAGAUGAAAAAUAUAUUAAGUAUAUGAAAGAUGUUAGGAAUAAAAUAUCCAGAAUAACAAUAUUUUUUCUCCUUGGAGCACUCAAUGAAAUAAUAUGAAUAGAUUGUGUUCAUC